CUCGCCGCUUGGAGCGCUAGUGUCGCUCCAGCUGUGAAACGGUAACAAGUAACAACUUUUAACAGCAGUGCCGUUUAAUGGGAGACUGUGUCACAUUACAAAUGUAAACCGUGGAGAUAAAUAAGCAAAGGGGCUAAUAACUGCAGUAAUGGACCACCAGAAAACUAUUCGGAUAAAAGAUGAAACAAAUGAAACAGCAGGUUCACCAGGCUCCAUUGUCCAGGUAUACCACUCCAGUGUGAAAAUAAAGGAAGAAUGGCAGGAGACUGGGAAUCAAGAGUUACUUCAAGAUCCAUUAAAAAUUGAAGAUCCAUGUUAUGACAUAAAGGAAGAGCCAGGACUAAAACUGAAUGAGAGACUCUCUGAGCAUAAUAUAUUCAGCGAUCCCAAAUAUGAUCCUCUGGGAGUAAAGACAGAGGAGGGCUCAGCAUUUGAGAAUGAUUGUCUUGAUGAGUACGAUCCAUUGAGCAUAACAGAUGAUGCGUGUCUUGAAGAUAACUUGGGAAUCUCUCAUCCAAAUGAUUUUAUCAAGGAGGAUCCUGAACUAAAUUUGGAGGUGGCAGCCUCAAUAAGAAAUGCAUCUGAUAGUUUAAGGUUCAUUCAAAGUGCUGGUGACAGCUGUGACAUUUCAUAUCAAGAAACAUUACAUCAAGGAGUAGUCAAUGACAAGCUGGAGAUAUAUGCAGAGAAGUCAACAGAUUUCAGUGUGUCUCACAACUAUACCAAAAUACAGACUUCACAAGAAGACGGCUUAUGUGGCACAAGAUUAAGUUGUAGCAUCAGGGGAAAGGAAUUCCAUAAGUUUAACUGUAGUUUCUGCCUACAGAGCUUCCCUUCAAAAUACAGACUCAUAAUGCAUAUCUUCAUCCACAUUGACGGUGUGCAGGCACCUGCAUUUGUGUGUAAGUCAUGUGGUGAGGUAUUGCCCUCUGAUGACUGCUUGAAAGAACAUUUGAGAAUGAUGGAGGGUGACCAAGCAUUAUCUGCUACCAACAGUGAGAAACUUGAAUGCAGUGAUGAUCAUGAAAACAAUAUCUCCUUCGACUGUGUACAAGAAGGAAUUGUGGAACAGACUGCAGGGCCCCCUUCAUACAAGGUACCCAGGAAAACCUUCAAAAAAUCCUUUAAUGACAUAUGUAACACACAUACUGUGAAACAAGCUGAAGAGAAACUCGAAAGAUGUAAUGACUGUGGAAUUUCAUGUACAAGCGACCAUGCUCAUGUCCACACUGUGCUAAGCGCAAAGGGACAUCACAAAUGUGAUGUUUGUGGUAAAAUGUUUACUGUGUUAGGCAAUCUUAAGAAACAUCGCCUAAUACACACUGGAGAGAGACCCCACGAAUGCAAUGUUUGUGGAAAAUCGUUUGCUGUAAUGAGCUAUCUCAAGAAACAUGAAAUAAUACACACUGGACAGAGACCACACAAAUGCAAUGUUUGUGGAAAAUCGUUUGCUGUAAUGAGCUAUCUCAAGAAACAUGAAAUAAUACACACUGGACAGAGACCACACAAAUGCGGUGUCUGUGGAAAAUCAUUUACUCACUCGAGCAGUCUCAAGUCCCAUAUUUUAAGACACACAGGAAAGAGACCACACAAAUGCGAUGUGUGUGCAAAAUCGUUUACUGAAAGGUGCAAUCUCAAGCAACACGAAUUAAUACACACUGGACAGAGACCAUACAAAUGCGAUGUCUGUGGAAAAUCAUUUACUCAGUCGGGCCGGCUCAAGAACCACAAUGUAAUACACACAGGAAAGAGACAACACAAGAGACAACACAAAUGCGAUGUGUGUGCAAAAUCGUUUACUGAAAGGUGCAAUCUCAAGAAACAUGAAUUAAUACACACUGGACAGAGACCACACAAAUGCGAUGUCUGUGGAAAAUCAUUUACUCAGUCGGGACAUCUCAAGACCCAUGAAUUAAUUCACACUGGACGGAGACCACAUAGUUGCUAUGUCUGUGGGAAAUCAUUUACUCAGUCGAGCAGUCUAAAGACACACGAAUUAAUACACACUGGACACAGACACCACAAAUGUGAUACUUGUGGAAAAACAGAGGCAGUGCCGAAGGCGGAAGACGAAGCACUGGAAGAAACAGAAAUUGCGACCAAGGAGGCGCAAGAGGAACAAAAAGGCAUAGAAGAGGCAGAGCAAGAAGCGGCGCCACCGAUGGACUCAGAGAUUGCAUUGAGUCAGGAAGAGAAAAUGGACUCAGCGAUUGCGUUGAGUCAGGAAGAGAAAAUGGAUAUUUUAAAGCAGAUGCACGAGUCACCGAUAGGAGCACAUGAAGAAAUGGUUUUGCCUGUAAAACAUCUUGAGGAUUCAGUUCUCUUUUUGGUCUUAGAGUACCAACUAAAUGUGUUGAUUAUUCAAGAAGCUGGUGCCCUAGAUGAACACUUGUGUAAAAAUUGUCUGUAUGUAAGAUUCUGCCCUCAAGGCUCAUAA